CAUAUGAUUCAAUCAAGGAUAAAAUAAGAAGAAGAAAACAAGAGGGAGGGAGAGAGAGAGAGAUAGGGCUUCGAGAUAUAAAACAGCGUGUCGCCAAGAAGAUGUCGUCAUCGUACACAAUCUCGUCAUCCUCCUCUCAUCCGUUCCUCUUCACUGCCGCCGCCGCCGCCCCCACCGGAGAAAACGACUUUAACCGGAAAGAAACGCCGACCAUGAUGCCACCUCAUAAUCCCUCGGCUCCACCGCCUAAGAAACGAAGAAAUCAACCUGGAAAUCCAAAUCCAGAUGCGGAAGUGAUAGCGUUAUCUCCAAAGACGCUAAUGACGACGAACAGAUUCAUAUGCGAAGUGUGCAACAAAGGGUUUCAGAGAGAGCAGAACCUUCAACUCCACAGGAGAGGGCACAACCUUCCAUGGAAGCUGAAGCAGAAGUCGAACAAGGAAGUGAAGAGGAAAGUGUAUCUGUGCCCGGAGCCCACGUGCGUCCACCACGACCCCUCGCGUGCUCUCGGAGACCUCACCGGCAUCAAGAAGCAUUAUUACCGCAAACAUGGCGAGAAGAAGUGGAAGUGCGAUAAGUGUUCUAAGCGUUACGCUGUUCAAUCUGAUUGGAAAGCUCACUCUAAGACCUGCGGUACCAAAGAGUAUCGAUGCGACUGUGGCACCAUCUUCUCCCGACGAGACAGUUUCAUCACCCACAGAGCUUUCUGCGACGCAUUAAUGCAAGAGACUGCCAGAAACCCUACCGUGAGCUUCACGGCAAUGGCUGCCGCCGGCGGCGGUAGCACUGGCAGACAUGGCUUUUACGGGCCGAGACUUGGCGGCGGAUCUCUCUCCCAAAGCAUAGGUAACUCUUCAAAUUCCAGUUUUACCCCUGUUGGAAGUUACAACCUAAACCGUACGUUUUCCGACAACAACAUGCAAAGACUUGGAGUUGGUACGGACAGAGCUGACAAGUUCGGAGGCUUUAUGUCUCAUGUGCCAAACCCUAAUUCCUCUGCCUUCUUCAUGCAAUGUCCGUCGAGCCAAGGAUUAAUGAAUCCUAACGAUCCAAGUUUCAUGAACCAACACGGUCUGCUUCAGUUAGAUCCGACUAAUCUCCAUAUCAACCCCAACGGGAACAAUAACAACAACCACAACGACUUCUUCAACCUCGGAUUCUUUCAAGAAAACAACGCCAAGAACUCCGAGACGAAUGUUAUAUAUAGCGACGGCUUGGUCAAUCAUCAACAUCAUCAUCAACAAGACAACUUGAACACGUCAUCCAACAUGUCCGCGACUGCUCUGCUUCAGAAAGCUACUCAGAUAGGUUCAACCGUAAUGGCAACCGCUAACAACAAUGACCCUUCUGCUUUGUUCAGAGGGUUAGUAUCUUCUUCUUCGUCGACUGCAGUGGACGUUGACAAGUUCGGAGGACAGACGGAGAACGAUAAUGACCACCUUCAAGGCCUCAUGAACUCUCUCGCUGGCGGCGGCGGCGGCAUAUUCGACGCUCACUUUGGAGAUAACCCUAAUAUCUGCGGCUCUGAUAAGCUAACGUUGGAUCUUCUUGGAGUUGGUGGAAUGAUGAGAAGCGUUACCGGAGGGGGCGGUGGACGUGGCCGUGGUUCUUUCGAUGCCGAGAUUAAAUUUUCUCAGCCGAAUCAUCCGUUCCGAAGACCUUGAAUUUCAAGAACUUUUAGGUUACCGGAAAAAGAAUUUCGCUCUUUGGUUUUUUUCUUCUUCUUUCUAUGGGAAUAUUUGCUCUUUGGUAUGUUGUUUUCAAAUGUAGAAAUUAAGUGUUUUAGGUUGAGACCUUAGGGCAGGUAAAUGUUGUUUUAAGUUGUUCAAAUAUGGAUAACAUAUGGUAAGUUUAGCUACUCCAUGCAAACAAUUAAUUAGUUGUGCCCUAAUCAUUUAAUUUCCUGCUC